AUGCGCCCCUCACUGUCUUCACGCUGCGGCUACACCCCCAAUCUCACCUCACUGACGAAUCAAGUGAACCGCAGUGAACGACUUCGCAAGUGGGGAAGCAACGGCGCACCGCCAGGCAUUCCCCGCCUUAAAAGAUUAGAAGCAAAGUCUAUUGCGGUUUUACACGAAACUCCUAAAGUGAUUUUAGCUGGUCGGAAUCGCUGCAAUAACUUUGACAGUAAUCAAUUUAUGCUUAUUAAUAAGGCCACUAAGCGGUGUAUGUUGAUUGAUGCAGCAGAUGACUGGCCGGAUGAUUGGGCCGCUUUUAUUGCGGCAUCAUCCUUAACGUUGACGCACAUUUUUCUUACACAUUGUCACAUUGAUAAUAUUAUAAAUCUAAACGCCUUCUUAGGCAUUUGUGGUCGCCAACAAAAACAACAACAACAACAACAACAACAACAACAACAACAAGGAGAAAAACAAAAAUCGUAUCAUUCUGCUGAGGAUGAAACAGAUCAGGAUGGUAGUGAGAAGAUUGGAAUCAUGUGGUGUCCUGCAGAGGAAUGUUGGGUGCAGAAUUUUGGACGUGCAUGUGAACGAUAUCGUCGAUUGGAGGAAAUGCACUCCGUUCUCCCCAUGAUGUGUCGAAACUUAUAUACACCAAAGCAUUUAGUAAAUCCAAUAGUUUCUGGUUUCUCUAGCAAUAGUAGUAGUACUCGUUUCCGACGAAAUGAUGUAUUACUCUCUACUGCUACCAACAGAGCCUCUUCUUUUAUUGACUUUGGCGAUGGUAUUUUAUUGUACUAUAUCUUUUCCCCUGGACACUCACCGGGGCAUAUGAUGUUGCAUGUACCCAGUGAGAAACUUCUUUUUACGGGCGAUGUACUUUUCUACAAUAAAGUUGGACGUGUGGAUUUGCCGUGGGCAACAGGCGUCCGCCUUGCGGAGAGUCUGCGGUUAUUUGAGAUGAUGCCGGAUAACACCGUAGUGCUGCCUGGCCAUGGACGCCUGACAACACUGGGAAGAGAGCGGCGUGAGAAUAAAGCAUUGCUGCACUGUUAUCAACGUCAAGAGAUUGGACAACAGGAGGUGUCGAUUGGAUUCAAUGAGGGAUACCUUUGA